AUGUCCGACAACGAGGAAUAUUACGAUGAGUUCGACGAUGAUGACAUCUUUUGGAUCGAGGAGGCAGAUCCAACUGCUGCUGACGAUCUAGCCGCGGCCGCUACUUAUGACCCUAACUUCCUCGACGACCCUUCGCUCGAAACCGCAGAAUUUUACAGUGAUUGGGAAGAUUUAUCCGAUGAUUAUUACGAUGAAGACCCUACCGCAGUCCGCCGACUACGCGCCAUGGGCGCUUGGCCGACGCAAGAACCUAUUGAUAUCAACGCACUACCUACGAAACGCAGGAAAGUUACGAAUAACAUAUCGACGGACUCGACAUCCUUUCAGGGUGUCGCAUGGAAGCACCCCGAAGAUAAAACGAAUGGUGCUGAGAUAUAUGCGCCGGGCGACGGGGAAAAGGUCUCCCUGCUGAAAAACUGGAGGGAGGUAUUCCGAAAUGCGAAACCAGCGAUUGCACGCCUGCAGGGCCGGAUACCGCAACCAAAAGCAUCCGGUACGGCUUCGCGGGAACAAAGCGAGUCUGACCUUGAUGUCCCAUCGUUGGUGGAAGAUAUCUGUGAAGACGAAAUAAUUUCCUCGGAUGCUCCCUCCGCUAAGUCUUAUUCGGGUUCAGUUAAUGCGCAGGGGACUGUGGAUUUACCAUCUAAAGCACCUGCGCAUUCGCAUAAAGGGGGGCCUAAGAAUCUCAACGAUAAUACUGUAGAUUCGACCAAGGAGGAGGACCGGACAUCUACAACUAGUCGAUUUACUACCGAUGCCAAGACUGAAAAGAAAACCAAGGAGUCUACAACUCCCCGAGGAGGGCGGAAACGUAAGGCCUCGGUUUCAGUGGACGAACAGCCAGACCAGUCUAAGAACACCAAGCCCAAAGCGAAGCGGGCAGCGACGUCAAAGACAUCUGGGGCUACAAACCCCCCACCUGCGCCGGCUUCUCCCGUUCGCCGAUCAGCGAGGCAAAGAAAAUGA